AGCUCGGUAAUCGCAGAAGAAAAAAGCCCUCGGCCGCUUUGGUCCGCCACCGCCGCCCAGCUUCAUCCGGUUUCCUCGCCGCGCUUCCUUCCUCUUUGUUGUUGUUCACACUACUUGUUCACUAUCUGAUAUUCUCACCAUACAUUUGCAUUCAUGACGGUCGAGGACGUACCUUACACAUUCUGGCCUGAGUCGCUGGCUUCGGCUUCGCCCGACUCCCUCUCCCUCUCACCGCACUCCUCUCCUACUCCACCCUCACCACCCACACCACCAUCCGCCCCUUCCUCGCGACGAGACUCCGUCUCCGCCGCGCUCGCUGCAUUCGCGCGUCUCAACCUCUCGCGCGGUCGACGGCCGUCUGCUGCCGAGACGGCAGAGUUUGCGCGGCUGUUCGCCGCAAGCGAUCCGAAGCAACCGCUGAGUAACGACGAUCUGGCGCGGUUUAUGAAGAAGCUGUUUGCCGAUGAACCCGGCGCGAGGACGCAGCGCGGCAGGAGACUUCACAACUCGCCCGUGCGGUUCGCCAGACGACGGAGUAGUAGGGUGGCGGGCGAGCGCGGGCUUUCGUCUGCGUCGCCUGCGCGCGGGGGUCUUGCCGACUACGACGACACGCUGACGUACGACGACGAAGAGGAAUAUGACGACGAAGACGAUGAGGAUGAGACGUUGCGGUUGCCGCUUGGAUUUAAGUCGGGUUGGGGAUGGAGCGUCAACGUUUCGCCCGAGCGGGAACGCGGGCGUGGACGCGAGGCACGGGGACGGCAGGGAUACAGACGACGGAGCAGUUCUGCCAUGGCGCAGCGGCGGCGCGCAAGGGAAUCCUCGUCGUCGCAUACACCAUCAGUUGUGCGGAGACGGCCUAGUUAUGGCGGGUCUGCGGUCGGUGCUCGUUGUUGCUGUGGAGAGAAGGGGUGUGGGGUUGGACGGCAUGCGAGGGACGUGUUGCCGCGGUGCAGGGAUAGAAGUCUUAGUCCUAGAUCUCGCUGAUUGAUGUUUGUGCUAUGUUUUUUGAUAGGGGGAUUGCUUUGUUGAUCAUUGUUUUGCUUUAUCGGUCUGGGUUCCUGCAUAGAGUUUCGCGUUUUGGUUUCUCAUAUCAUCAUUUUCAUACCAGUCAUCUUGCAUGCUUAUCACUAUAUA